GUGAUCACCCACGAGUACUGUUUUAAUUACAAUGUACACAAUGUCAAUGGGGAAAGGGUUGAACCUUUAUCCCCUUCACUUGUUCCUCCUCCUCCUCCUUCUCCUCCUCCUCGUUGGGUUCUCUGGCUCAGUUGAUAGAAACAACUUUAAAACUUGUGAGCAAUCCAGCUUUUGCAAGAGGAACAGGGCUCUCACUCCAGGCCCCUCUCAAUAUGCUGUCUCUCCUGAGUCUCUCCUCAUCGAAGACUCUGGAUGUAAAAUGGACGUGGUUAAUAAGAAAACGGGCGUGGUCUUGAGAGCAGAGCUAUAUACGCUGAGCGAUAACAUGAUACGACUUAAGAUCAACGAGAAGAGCCCGCUGAGACAGAGGUAUCAAGUGGAAGAGUCUUUAGUGGGCGAACCGAAACGAGACAAGUGUCGGGUUCAGAGGUCAAGCGAGGGUGUGGUUGUUACCACAGAGACGGCCGAAGCUGUCGUCAAUUUCGAUCCGUUUAAAAUAGACGUUUCCAUUAAUGGGGAAAUUGCUGUUGUACUUAAUUCUCGAGGUCUCUUGAAUAUUGAGCACUAUCGGGCAAAGAAACUCCCUGUACCAACUGAGACUCAUGAGAAUGGAGAGGAAGGAGAGAAAAAGGCAGAGGAAACAAAUGGAGCAAACGAAGAAGAGAAAGAAGAGGAGAAGGAAGAAGAGAAGGCAGAAGAAGAGGAGGGAGAGAAAGAGGAGGAGGGAAUGUGGGAAGAGAAUUUCAAGUCUCAUCAUGAUUCGAAACCUUACGGUCCUAGCUCUGUCAGUUUGGAUGUCUCUUUUCCUGGAGUUGAACAUGUAUAUGGCAUACCAGAACAUGCCGAUAGUUUCCAAUUAAAGCACACCAAUGAUGGCGAUCCUUAUAGAUUGUUUAAUCUUGACGUGUUUGAGUAUGAGCUGAAUAACAAAAUGGCACUUUAUGGCUCAAUACCAGUAAUGUUGGCACACAACUGGAGUAAGACGAUAGGUGUGUUCUGGAACAAUGCUGCAGAAACUUGGAUAGACAUUACCUCAUCAACAGCCAAUCAGAACAUUCUUGGUAAAUUGAUGGCAAUGUUCAAAUCAACGGAUGAAAUACCACAGACUGACACUCACUGGAUCUCUGAGAGCGGAAUCAUUGAUCUAUUUAUAAUACUUGGGCCACGCCCUCAUGAUGUCUUUAGACAAUAUGCUUCACUCACUGGCUUUCCUGCUCUACCUCCUUAUUUUGCUGUUGCUUAUCAUCAGUGUCGCUGGAAUUAUAACGACGAGAAAGACGUCGAAAAUGUAGAUAGACAGUUGGAUGAGAAUGAUUUGCCGUACGAUGUCUUGUGGCUUGACAUUGAGCACACGAAUGGAAAGAAAUACUUCACUUGGGACACUGGGAAGUUCCCUAAUCCGGCUGAGAUGCAGAAUAAACUGGCAACAAGAGGAAGAAAGAUGGUGACCAUUAUUGAUCCUCAUAUAAAGAGAGAGUCUGGCUAUCACAUUCAUUCGGAAGCUGAUUCUAAAGGUCUGUAUGUCAAGAAAGCUGAUGGAUCGACUUAUGAGGGAUGGUGCUGGCCUGGUUCAUCGUCUUGGAUUGACUUCCUUAAUCCUGACAACAGAAAAUGGUGGUCUGAACAAUUCACACUUGAUAAAUAUGAGGGUUCAACUCUUAAUCUUUACACUUGGAAUGACAUGAAUGAGCCAUCUGUGUUUAACGGUCCAGAGAUCACUAUGCAUAAAGAUGCCAAACAUUACGGGGAAUGGGAGCAUCGCGAUGUACAUAAUGUUUAUGGAAUGUUACAGCACAGUGCUACUUAUGAAGGUCAUAAGAUGAGAAGUGGUGGAAGAGAAAGACCUUUUGUUCUCUCAAGAGCUUUCUUUGCCGGGAGCCAACGCUACGGUGCUAUAUGGACUGGGGACAAUAUGGCAGCAUGGGACCACCUCAGGGCCUCCUUACCAAUGGUACUCUCAGUGGGUGUGGCUGGGCUACCUUUUGUGGGGGCGGAUGUGGGCGGAUUUUUUAAAGACCCUGGACAAGAGCUUGUUGCAAGAUGGUAUCAGGCUGGUUCCUUUUAUCCUUUCUUUCGAGCACAUGCCCAUAUUGACACUAAGAGACGUGAGCCUUAUCUAAUGGACGAGGAAAAUAGGAACGUGAUUCGUGAAGCAUUGCGGCUCCGAUAUAAGCUCCUCCCAUAUUGGUAUACUCUCUUUUAUCAGAGUCACAUCUCCGGACUACCUGUCGCUAGGCCGUUAUGGUUGGAGUUCCCUCGUGAUAAGAACACUUACAAUAUUGAGGACCAAAUGAUGAUUGGAUCAGGACUGAUGGUCAGGCCAGUUAUGGAUGAAGGAGCUAACUAUGUUCAGUUAUACCUACCUGGAAGCAGCACAUUGUGGUAUGAUUAUGAUGACCAGACCGCUCACAACGGAGGAAGGAGACAGCACGUGACAGCCCCUCUGUCUAAAAUCCCAUUGUUCAUUAGAGGUGGUCAUAUUAUUCCAACGAAACAAAGAGUUAGGAGAUCCUCAUCGCUUACACUGGAUGAUCCAUAUACUUUAUUAAUUGCACUGGAUGCGCAGGAAAAGGCCAAAGGACAGUUAUUUGUCGAUGAUGGACAUUCUUUCGAUUAUCAGAACGAAAAAUUUUUAUUGAGAGAUUUUAACUUCAAUGGCAAUGUAUUUAGUAGCAAAGCUGGUAAUGGUAGCGGUCAGCUUGUUACAAAGGCAUGGGUGGAGCGCCUAGUCAUCAUUGGCUACGGGAAGAAACCUAGUUCAGUUGCAAUGAAGACAGGCGGUAAUACUGAAGAAUUAAGAUUCUCAUAUAACGAUAAUGCUAAGGUAUUGACCAUUGGAAGGCCAGGGGUUGUCAUUUCUACUGAUUUCACUGUAACUAUUAAUUAAUGAAGAGACUCUGUCUUUUUUUGUCUUUUACUUUUCAGCUGGUAAUGGGUUUAUGCCAUCUUGAUAUUUAUUACCAUCAAUUUCUUGGAUUUAAUUAUACAAUCUAUUGCAAUUGUA